GCGGCGCGGGGGACGAUGCGGCGCAGGUCCCGGCUGCUCCUCUGCUUCGCCUUCCUCUGGGUUCUGGGCAUCGCUUACUACAUGUACUCGGGCGGCAGCGCCGCGCUGGCCGGCGGCGGCGGCGGCAGGAAGGAGGACCCAAAUGACAUCGAUGCCAAAAGGAAAGACUUGCAUGUCAGUGAUGGUGAGGACAAAGCACAAAGUGUGGAGACAUUGCCUCCAGGCAAAGUUCGGUGGCAAGACUUUGAUCAAGAUGCUUAUGUUAGCGCUACCAUGGUGCGAUCUGGUCAGGAUCCAUAUGCUCGCAAUAAGUUCAAUCAGGUAGAAAGUGACAAACUACGAAUGGACCGAAACAUUCCUGACACGAGACAUGAUCAGUGUCAACGGAAACAAUGGCGGAUAGAUUUGCCAGCCACUAGUGUGGUGAUCACCUUUCAUAAUGAGGCAAGAUCUGCUUUACUUCGAACUGUUGUCAGUGUCCUUAAAAAAAGCCCAUCACAUCUUAUUAAGGAAAUCAUACUAGUGGAUGACUACAGUAAUGAUCCUGAUGAUGGUGCUCUGUUGGGAAAAAUUGAAAAAGUGCGAGUUCUUCGAAAUGAUCGCCGAGAAGGCUUGAUGCGCUCCCGGGUCAGAGGGGCAGAUGCAGCACAAGCAAAAGUACUUACUUUCCUGGAUAGUCACUGUGAAUGCAAUGAACACUGGCUGGAGCCACUUUUGGAAAGAGUAGCUGAGGACAAGACCAGAGUUGUGUCUCCUAUUAUCGAUGUAAUUAAUAUGGACAACUUCCAGUACGUGGGGGCGUCAGCUGAUUUAAAAGGCGGCUUUGACUGGAACCUGGUAUUCAAAUGGGAUUACAUGACACCAGAGCAAAGAAGAGCACGGCAAGGAAACCCAGUUGCUCCCAUAAAGACACCCAUGAUAGCUGGUGGGUUAUUUGUGAUGGACAAAUCCUAUUUUGAAGAACUGGGGAAGUAUGACAUGAUGAUGGAUGUUUGGGGUGGAGAAAACUUAGAGAUCUCGUUCCGAGUUUGGCAAUGUGGUGGGAGCCUAGAAAUCAUCCCUUGCAGCAGAGUGGGUCACGUAUUCCGCAAGCAACAUCCGUACACAUUUCCUGGUGGGAGUGGUACUGUAUUUGCAAGAAAUACACGCAGGGCAGCGGAAGUCUGGAUGGAUGAGUACAAGAAUUUCUAUUACGCAGCAGUGCCUUCAGCCAGGAAUGUACCUUAUGGAAAUAUUCAAAGCCGAAUGGAACUCAGAAAAAGACUUAGCUGCAAACCCUUCAAGUGGUAUCUUGAAAAUGUUUAUCCUGAGUUACGGGUACCUGAUCAUCAAGAUAUAGCUUUUGGGGCUUUGCAGCAGGGUACCAAUUGCCUUGAUACUUUGGGCCAUUUUGCGGAUGGUGUUGUUGGAGUUUACGAAUGUCAUAAUGCCGGAGGAAACCAGGAAUGGGCCUUAACAAAGGACAAGUCAGUGAAACACAUGGAUUUGUGCCUUACUGUUGUGGACAGAGCACCUGGUUCACUAAUAAAACUUCAGGGCUGCAGGGAAAAUGACAGUAGACAGAAAUGGGAGCAAAUUGAAAGCAACUCUAAACUGAGGCACGUUGGCAGCAACCUCUGUCUAGACAGCCGAAAUGCCAAAAAUGGUGGUCUCACUGUUGAGAUCUGCAGUCCUUCUUUAUCACAACAGUGGAAAUUCACACUUAAUCUGCAGCAGUAGAACUUACAAGCAAAAUGCUGUUUCAACUCAUAGACAUCGGGCAAAGUUUUGAUUGAAUUACUGAUGUAUUUCUUAAAACUUUCCACGGAACUUAUAUACCUCAGUAUUCCAUCUUUAUCUGAAAGUAGGAGAGUGCUGAAGCGGACACCAGGGAACAGGUGGACUCGGAGCACUGCAAAGAUUUCACUGAACGUGGCCUCAGCACGGCUCCUUCUUGGUGUGAAGACUUUAACAGUUCCUUUCUGUCUUCAGUUACAUACUUGCACAGCAGAUAACUAACUCUAGGAACAACUGAUGUAUGAUAGAAAAAGGAUCUUGAAAAACGCCUGUGGGGAACAGGGUCU